AUGUCUGGAUCUGACACUUGUGCCCUCAAUGCUGAUGGUUCUCUUAAGGAUGCCAAGGAUAUUGUAUUUUACAAUGAUCCUGAUGAUACUGUCCCUCUUCCACCCUCUGCUGAGUCUGCGCCACCCUCUGCCGAAUCUGCGGCUGCCCCCACAGAUGCCUUCUCAGUGUUACUGAAGGCUGGGUGCAAACCAGCACCACUUACUGUGGGUGCUCGACGCUCCAUUCGUACCUCUAAGCCCUCUGCUCGCCUCCGUGAUGCCAACAACACUUGUUCUAACCAAGUUUACAAAAAGGUGGUGUUGCAGCUCUCAGCUCCAUUAUCUGACGAUGAUGACUCUCAUGUCACUGGUGCUGAGUCUGCCAACAUGGAUCAUGAUACUGACACCAACGAUGCACCUGCUGAAGAUCAACCUGAAGAUGAAGAUGAAGAAGCUGAACCUGAAGAUGCCACCAUCUGA